AUGGAAUGGGCAAACCAGUCCAUUGUGACUGAAUUCAUCACCGCUGGGUUCCCCAGCCUGAAUAAGAUCAGGGUCCCGGUUUUCUUGCUGGUCUUGCUCAUGUACACGGUGACCAUGAUGGGAAACAUGGUCAUUAUCUUUCUCACCAGGACUGAUCCCAGCCUCCGCACCCCCAUGUACUACUUCCUGGGCAACUUCUCCUUCCUGGAGAUCUGGUACACCUCGGUCACAGUGCCCAAGAUGCUGGCUGACCUGUUGGUGGAAAGGAAGGUGAUUUCCUUCAAUGGCUGCAUCUCCCAGCUUUAUUUCUUCCUAGCCCUGGGUGCCACUGAGUGUCUCCUCUUGGCAGUCAUGGCUUAUGACCGCUACUUGGCUAUAUGCUGCCCCUUGAGGUACACAGCUCUCAUGACUGGCACGGUGUGCAUCCAGCUCACCACCUGGUCCUGGAUCACCAGCUUCCUCCUGCCCUUGGUGCCAGUGAUCCUCAUCUCCCAGCUCCGUUUCUGCGGCCCCAACGUGGUGGAUCACUUCUUCUGCGACAUCUUGCCCGUGCUGAGGCUGGCCUGUGCCAACACCCACCUCAACGAGAUGCUCAGCUUCUUCCUCUGCUCCUCAGUCAUCCUGUGCUCCUUCGUGUUGACCAUGGCCUCCUAUGGCAGCAUUAUCACCACCAUCCUCAGCAUCCCCUCAGCCGCUGGACGCAAGAAAGCUUUCUCCACCUGCGCCUCGCACCUGACGGUGGUGGCUGUCUUCUAUGGCUCAGUGACCUUCAUGUACGCCCGGCCCACAAGGGAAUUCUCCUUCCAGCUGGACAAGAUGGUCGCAGUCUUCUACUGCGUUGUCACCCCGCUUCUCAACCCCAUCAUAUACAGCCUCAGGAACCAGGAGGUGAAGGAGGCCCUGAGAAAAGCCCUGUGUGGCAAAGGGAGAGCCCUAAAAUGA